AUGAUGGAUAUCUUAAAAAAGAAAACACCCAAAUCUGAGAAACAAAACCUAAAACAUGUGAAACAAAUUUUUAAAAAUAAUUUAGCAGAUCAAGAAUCUAUCAAAACGAAACGUAACGAGAAAGCUAAAAAGAAAAAAAUGAAUAUUACGAAAAAUGUUACAGUUAGUCAAAAGAAGAAAAAGGCUGCACGAAAAAUUGCAAGCAGUAGCAGCAGCAAUAGCAGCGAUGCUUCGUCAAAUAUAGAUACGGGUUCUGACUCAAUAAAUGAUAUAUUAGAAAAUGAAAAAGACGCUCCAAGGUUAAGAAAACGUACAAUUACAAAAAAUAAAAAGGAGACAUGA